AUGGGACUGAAGCAAGAGAGAGAGAACCCCACCGCUGGGGCAGAGUCUGAGGAGUUAUGCAGACAAUUGAUCCCUAGCAAACACAAGCCCAGCACCACCUUGCAAUACCAGAAUGCGGUACAGCCGAACCGAAAGAAAGCGAAUCCAACCUUUGAAGCUACUGACUGCUUGGGUUCCGAGCUCCAAGGCUCUGAUUCUAGUGAGCUACAAGUUGAUCUAUGGGUCGUGUCCGCUAUGCUGAGAAGUCAAGGUUGUCGUCCCCUUCUUCGGGGUAUUUUCUCCCUUGCCGUAGCCCUUCGAACGGCAGAUCUCGACCGCCCGAAAAUGUUAGCAUCAAUAAAAGGAGUGGUAGACACGAUAGAUGAUCUAUCGAAGGAGAUUUGCAACUCUACCAGUAUCAAGAAGGCCAAUCGCUCGAGAACGCUGGAAGAAUUGUGCGUGGUCUUUGUCCGAACCUAUCCAAUUCUUCUUCGCUCCGUCCGAGCGGUCCGAGCCGCCCCUGAUGAGAAGGACAGGGGCCAGCCGUCCAUCGGCGUCACAGAGGUUGUUAGGUCAUUUCAGAUUUUCCUAGGUCUGCUUCAUCAAUCGUCUCUAGACGAGCUCGUUCGGCAGGAGAAACAAGCCGCGUCUGGAAAGAAGACUUCCCGCUUUAAGUCAAAGGAAACGCAUGACAAUAUGGUCGGCUCGAAUUACCAAAAAGACAGCAGGUGCCUUGUCCAAGUUUUGGUCAACAUGAUUACGACACUCGCUGUAGUUCACCCGUCAAACUGUGAAGUGCUCGAGGGCUUGGUGUGCUCACUGCUUGACCAUGUUGGGUCUUCUCUCGCCCUUCUCGUUUUUGGCGACCCCAAAAUGUCGCCUAAAGACCAAGGUGGUAUCUGUCCACCCGAGGGGUUGUUACAUGUCUCUCAUCUCAAUUGCAAGGAUGCGAUUCUAAUUGCCAAACUCGAGGGACCGUGGCUAGUUCAAAUUUUACGUGAGGUUACUGCGUUCCACUAUGAAAACGCACAAACCAUGACGACCGACUCCUUGAUCCAAUUUUUGCCCCGGUUUUGGGGGCAAGUUAAGGGCGCAAAUCUGCGGGAAGGCCUGAGGCAAACGUUGCAGCACACACUUCUUCGGGGAGUGUUUGGGGACGAUGAUGAGACGUUCAAUGAUGCUCUGAGACGAGUAGAAGGAAAUGGUGAGGGUGAUGAGAGCGUUGAAUCUGCGAGGUUGAAGGAUGCACUGCAAGAUCCGGCAGAUUCAUUUAUUGAACAACUCUGGGAGAUUUUGGGCUGGGGAAUACUGUCUGGCGGGAAAUCUGCAUUAUCAUUUUAA